CGUGGAGCACAAAUGCCUUCUCUCUCUCUCACAUCACACUCUGCAGUCCGAAGUCUUGGAGAGCAAUCAAAGAAUCCGAUCAAGAGUGGAACGCCAUGGAAACCGAAGCUCAAGAAUCCAAUCCCCAAAACGACGCCGUAAUCAACUCCUUCUGCGAGAUCACCUCCGCCUCCAAACAAGAAGCCCUCUUCUUCCUCGAAAGCCACAACUGGGACCUCGAUGCCGCCGUUUCGACGUUCUUGGACAACAACACCGUCGCCGUCUCAGUCGACGCGCCCACCAACGCCGGCUCGUUUCCAAUCCCGGCCUCCCACUCACUCUCGCCAUCGCCCUCACACUCGCCCAACUACUCUCCUUCACAGUCGCCGCCGCGCUCUCGCUCGCCGUCUCCGACUCCCUCUCGUGCUCCCUACCAGCUUCGAUCGAAGCGCGCCGCCUCCAGUGGGGCCCAAGACAAAGCUGAUACCAAGCCGCCUUCUGCGAGCCGUCCACGUGGCAUACGCACGCUUUCCGAUCUGAAUCAGCCGGCAAAGGGUGGGUCCGGCAGUGAUUCGGAUGAGCCCCAGGAGUACUACACUGGUGGCGAGAAAAGCGGAAUGCUUGUCCAAGACCCUACCAAAGGCAGUGAUGUGGAUUCAAUUUUCAGUCAAGCUAGACAGUUAGCGGCCGCCCAGGGACCUAUAGAUCCCCAUCAACCUUCUUCAAGCUCAAAAAGUUUUACUGGAACAGCUAGACUGCUUUCAGGGGAGACUGUUCCAACUGCUGCACCUCAGCCACCUGAAGUUGUUAUUCACACCAUUACUUUCUGGAGGAAUGGGUUUUCUGUAGAUGAUGGUCCGUUGCGGAGGCUGGAUGAUCCUGAAAAUGCACCUUUCUUGGAAAGCAUCAAGAAGUCUGAGUGCCCAAAAGAACUUGAACCAGCCAAUAGGAGGACUGCUGUUCAUGUUAAUCUUAUGAGGCGGGAGGAAGAAUACCCUGAACCAGUGAAGCGGCAUGUUGCUUUUCAGGGUGUUGGAAGAACUUUAGGUGAGAGCAGCUCUACCUCUGCUGCAGCUACCUCUGAGUUAAUUGCUGCUGAUCUUCCCCUAAGAGCUGCUCCAUUGCCCACAAUGGGCUUAACUGUGGAUCAGUCAUUACCGUCAACCUCUAUUCAGCUAAGGUUAGCAGAUGGUACACGUAUGGUAUCUCGCUUCAACUACCACCAUACAAUUAGAGACAUCCAUGCUUUUAUUGAUGCAUCAAGACCUGAUGGGGCAAGAAGUUACCGAUUGCAGACGAUGGGGUUCCCUCCGAAACAGCUCUCUGAUCUGGACCAGACAAUAGAGCAGGCUGGUAUAGCCAAUUCUGUUAUUAUCCAAAAACUCUAGGAGGUUGCACUCCUCAAUUCCGGAGCCAUGUUCAAGUACAUGUGUCCUAAACACAGAUCUAUUUUUCUGUGAUGAAUUUAUGUUAUAUGUAAGGAAUUUGAAAAAUUAGCUACGAAACCAUUCAACAACCGGUUUAUGCUUUUUGAUGCAAUGACUAUCUGUUUUUGCAAAGCAUACGAAGUAGAGUUUUCAUUUGAUGAGAUGCCUUUCAUUUAAA